AAUACAGCAGAACACAGGGUAACACAGAGGAACACAGGCAAACAUAGGAUAACACAGGGUAACACAGGAAAACACAGGGAAACACAGAGUACCACAGGGGAACACAGAGUAACACAGGGGAACACAAGGUAAUGCAGAGUAACACAGGGGAACGCAGCGUAACGUCGGGAACACAGAGUAACACAAGGAAACAGCAGGAGAACACAGGGGGACACAGGGAAAAACAGGAUAAAAGGGUAACACAGGGUAUCACAUGUUAACAAAGGUAACACAGGGGGACACAGAGGAACACAGGGUAACACAGGGUAACAAAGAGUAACACAGGGUAACACAGAGUAAGACAGAGUAACAGAGUGUAACACAGGGUAACACAGGGGAACACAGGGUAACACAGGGUAACACAGAAUAAGACAGAGUAACAGAGUGUAACACAGGGUAACACAGGGUAACAAAGAGUAACACAGGGUAACACAGAGUAAGACAGAGUAACAGAGUGUAACACAGGGUAACACAGGGGAACAAAGAGUAACACAGGGUAACACAGAGUAAGACAGAGUAACAGAGUGUAACACAGGGUAACACAGGGGAACACAGAGGAACACAGGGGAACACAGGGUAACACAAGGGAACACGGGGUAACACAGGGGAACACAGAGUAACACAGGGUAACAAAGAGUAGCACGGGGGAACACAGGGGAACACAGGGUAACAGAGGGUAACACAGAGUAACACAUGGUAACACAGGGGAACACAGGGUAACACAGGGUAACACAAAGUAACACAGGGGAACACAGGGUAACAAAGAGUAGCACAGGGGAACACAGGGGAACACAGGGUAACAGAGGGUAACACAGAGUAACACAGGGUAUUACAGGGGAACACAGGGUAACACAGGGGAACACAGGGUAACACAGGGUAACACAGAGUAGCACAGGGUAACACAGAGUAACACAGGGUAUUACAGGGGAACACAGGGGAACACAGAAACACAGGGUAUUACAGCUUAACACGGGGUAACACAGAGUAACACAGUGGAACACAGGGUAACACAAGGUGACACAAGGUAACACAGGGGAACACAGGGGAACACAGGGUAGCACCGGGAAACACAUGGUAACAUAGGGUAAAAAGAGUAGUACAGAGUAACACAGGGUAACAAAGAGUAACACAGGGUAACACGGGGUAACACAAGGUAACACAGGGAAACACAGCGCAACACAGGGGAACACAGACGAACACAGAGUAGCACAGAGUAAUACAGGGGAACACAUGGUAACACAGGGUAACACAGAGUAACACAGGGGAACACAACAUAACACAGGGGAACACAUGGUACCACAGGGGAACACAGGGUAACAAAGAGUAACACAGGGGAACAAAUGGUAACACAGGGUAACCCAGGGUAACAAAGAGUAACACGGGGGAACACAAGGGAACACAGAGUAAUACAGGGGAACACAAGGUAACACAGAGUAACACAGGGUAUUACAGGGUAACACUGGGUAACACAGGGUAAUACAGAGUAACACAGGGUAUUACAGGGGAAUACAGGGUAACACAGUUGAACACAGAAAAAGACAGGGUACUACAGGUUAACACAGGGUAACAAAAGGUAACACAGAGUAACACAGGGGAACACAAGGUAACACAGGGGAACACAGGGUACCACAGGGGAACACAGGGUAACACAGGGUAACACAGGGUAACAAAGAGUAACACAGGGUAACACAGGGGAACACAAGGUAACACAGAGUAACACAGGGGAAAACAGAGGAACACAAAGUAACACAGAGUAACACAGGGGAACACAUGGUAACACAGGGUAACACAGGGUAACCCAGGGUAACAAAGAGUAACACAGGGGAACACAUGGUAUCACAGGGGAACACAGAGUAAUACAGGGGAACACAGGGUAACACAAUGCAACACAGGGGAAUACAGGGUAACACAGGGGAACACAGGGUAACAGAGGGUAACACAGAGUAACACAGGGGAACACAAGGUAACACAGAGUAACACAGGGUAUUACAGGGUAACACUGGGUAACACAGGGUAACACAGAGUAACACAGGGUAUUACAGGGGAAUACAGGGGAACACAGGGGAACACAGAAAAAGACAGGGUAUUACAGGUUAACACAGGGUAACAAAGGGUAACACAGAGUAACACAGGGGAACACAUGGUACCACAGGGGAACACAGGGUAACAAAGAGUAACACAGGGGAACACAUGGUAACACAGGGUAACCCAGGGUAACAAAGAGUAACACGGGGGAACACAAGGGAACACAGAGUAAUACAGGGGAACACAAGGUAACACAGAGUAACACAGGGUAUUACAGGGUAACACUGGGUAACACAGGGUAA